GCGGCGCCGCCGCCAUUUUGUCGGUGUGAGGGGCCGGCGGGGCAGGCCCGGAGCGCGGCCGUGAGGCGGGGCGGCGGCCUCCCACCCCUGCGGGCGACAUGUACAUCAAGCAGGUGAUCAUCCAGGGGUUUCGAAGUUACAGAGAUCAGACAAUUGUGGAUCCUUUCAGUUCGAAGCAUAACGUCAUAGUGGGAAGAAAUGGAUCUGGAAAAAGUAACUUUUUCUAUGCAAUUCAGUUCGUCCUCAGUGAUGAGUUUAGUCACCUUCGCCCAGAACAGAGACUGGCUUUAUUGCAUGAAGGCACAGGACCACGCGUUAUUUCGGCUUUUGUGGAAAUCAUUUUUGACAACUCUGACAACAGAUUACCAAUCGAUAAAGAAGAAGUGUCACUUCGCAGAGUCAUUGGAGCCAAAAAGGACCAAUAUUUUUUAGACAAGAAAAUGGUGACGAAAAACGAUGUGAUGAAUCUUCUUGAGAGUGCUGGUUUUUCUCGCAGCAAUCCCUACUAUAUUGUCAAGCAAGGAAAGAUCAAUCAGAUGGCAACAGCACCAGACUCUCAGAGGUUGAAGCUGUUAAGAGAAGUAGCUGGUACUAGAGUAUAUGAUGAACGUAAAGAAGAGAGUAUUUCAUUAAUGAAAGAAACAGAGGGUAAACGAGAGAAAAUCAAUGAGUUGCUGAAGUACAUUGAAGAGCGAUUACAUACACUAGAAGAGGAGAAAGAAGAGCUUGCUCAAUAUCAAAAGUGGGAUAAAAUGAGGAGAGCACUAGAAUACACCAUUUAUAACCAGGAGCUUAAUGAAACCCGUGCUAAGCUGGAUGAGCUUUCUGCCAAACGAGAGACGAGCGGAGAGAAAUCAAGGCAGCUGAGAGAUGCACAACAAGAUGCCAGAGAUAAGAUGGAGGAAAUAGAACGACAGGUUCGAGAACUAAAAACAAAGAUUUCAGCAAUGAAAGAAGAAAAGGAACAGCUUAGUGCUGAAAGACAGGAGCAGAUUAAACAGAGGACUAAACUGGAGCUUAAAGCUAAAGACUUGCAAGACGAGCUGGCUGGCAACAGUGAACAACGGAAAAGGCUGUUAAAGGAGAGACAGAAGCUUCUUGAAAAAAUUGAGGAGAAGCAGAAAGAACUAGCAGAAACAGAACCCAAAUUCAACAGCGUAAAAGAGAAGGAAGAGCGAGGAAUUGCUAGAUUAGCACAAGCUACCCAGGAAAGAACAGAUCUUUAUGCAAAACAAGGUCGUGGAAGUCAGUUUACGUCCAAGGAAGAAAGAGAUAAGUGGAUUAAAAAAGAACUGAAGUCUCUAGAUCAGGCCAUCAAUGACAAGAAACGACAGAUUGCAGCUAUCCACAAGGAUUUAGAGGAUACAGAGGCUAAUAAAGAGAAGAAUCUGGAGCAGUACAGUAAAUUGGACCAGGAUCUUAAUGAAGUGAAGGCUCGUGUUGAAGAACUGGACAGAAAAUAUUAUGAAGUGAAAAACAAAAAAGAUGAACUACAGAGUGAAAGAAAUUAUCUGUGGAGAGAGGAGAAUGCAGAACAACAAGCUCUAGCUGCAAAACGAGAGGACUUGGAAAAAAAACAGCAGCUUCUUAGAGCAGCAACAGGAAAGGCAAUUCUAAAUGGUAUAGACAGCAUAAAUAAGGUUUUGGAGCACUUCCGUCGAAAAGGCAUAAACCAGCAUGUUCUAAAUGGCUAUCAUGGAAUUGUGAUGAAUAACUUCGAGUGCGAACCUGCUUUCUACACUUGUGUUGAAGUUACUGCGGGGAACAGGUUAUUUUAUCAUAUUGUGGAUUCUGAUGAAGUCAGUACAAAGAUUUUAAUGGAGUUUAAUAAAAUGAACCUUCCUGGAGAAGUAACUUUUCUGCCUCUUAACAAGCUGGAUGUUAGAGAUACUGCUUACCCUGAGACGAAUGAUGCUAUUCCUAUGAUCAGUAAACUGAGAUACAAUCCAAGAUUUGACAAAGCCUUCAAACAUGUUUUUGGAAAGACUCUAAUCUGUCGUAGCAUGGAGGUAUCUACCCAGUUGGCUAGAGCUUUCACUAUGGAUUGUAUUACUUUGGAAGGCGAUCAAGUCAGCCAUCGUGGUGCUUUAACUGGAGGUUAUUAUGAUACAAGAAAGUCUCGACUUGAACUGCAGAAAGAUGUUAGAAAGGCAGAAGAAGAACUUGGUGAACUUGAGGCAAAACUUAAUGAAAAUUUGCGCAGAAACAUUGAAAGGAUUAACAAUGAAAUUGACCAACUGAUGAACCAGAUGCAACAGAUUGAGACCCAGCAGAGAAAAUUCAAAGCUUCCAGAGACAGUAUCUUGUCAGAGAUGAAAAUGCUGAAAGAGAAGAGGCAGCAGUCUGAAAAAACCUUUAUGCCCAAGCAACGCAGCUUGCAAAGCUUGGAGGCAAGUCUACAUGCCAUGGAAUCAACUCGGGAAUCAUUAAAAGCAGAACUUGGAACAGACUUGCUAUCUCAGCUCAGCCUAGAGGAUCAGAAACGUGUGGAUGCUCUUAAUGAUGAGAUUCGACAGUUGCAACAAGAAAACAGGCAGCUUCUGAAUGAGAGGAUAAAAUUGGAAGGCAUCAUCACAAGAGUUGAAACGUACCUCAAUGAAAAUCUGAGAAAACGAUUAGACCAAGUGGAGCAAGAGCUGAACGAGCUACGUGAAACAGAAGGGGGCACAGUUCUUACUGCCACAACAUCAGAACUUGAGGCUAUCAACAAACGAGUGAAAGAUACCCUGGCACGAUCAGAUGAUCUGGAUAAUUCAAUUGACAAAACAGAAGCGGGGAUUAAAGAACUUCAAAAAAGUAUGGAGCGCUGGAAGAACAUGGAAAAGGAACACAUGGAUGCCAUUAACCAUGACACGAAAGAACUUGAGAAGAUGACUAACCGGCAAGGCAUGCUUCUUAAGAAGAAAGAGGAAUGCAUGAAGAAGAUCAGGGAGUUGGGCUCUCUCCCACAGGAGGCCUUUGAAAAAUAUCAGACAUUGAGUUUGAAGCAGUUGUUCCGUAAAUUAGAGCAAUGCAACACAGAACUGAAAAAAUACAGUCAUGUCAAUAAAAAAGCUCUGGACCAGUUUGUCAACUUCUCAGAACAGAAGGAAAAGUUGAUAAAACGACAGGAGGAGCUGGAUAGGGGCUACAAAUCUAUCAUGGAGCUGAUGAAUGUGCUUGAACUCAGAAAAUAUGAAGCCAUCCAGCUGACUUUCAAACAGGUGUCAAAAAAUUUCAGUGAAGUGUUCCAGAAGCUAGUACCUGGCGGCAAAGCCACACUGGUAAUGAAGAAAGGAGAUGUGGAAGGCAGUCAGUCCCAGGAUGAGGGAGAAGGCAGUGCCGAGAGCGAGAGGGGAUCUGGAUCACAGAGUAGCGUGCCAUCUGUCGACCAGUUCACUGGAGUUGGAAUUCGGGUGUCAUUUACAGGAAAACAGGGUGAGAUGAGAGAAAUGCAGCAACUUUCAGGUGGACAGAAAUCGUUAGUGGCCCUAGCUCUGAUUUUUGCUAUCCAGAAAUGUGAUCCGGCUCCCUUUUACCUCUUUGAUGAAAUCGACCAAGCUCUAGAUGCUCAACACAGAAAGGCUGUUUCGGAUAUGAUUAUGGAACUAGCUGAACACGCCCAGUUCAUUACGACAACUUUUAGGCCUGAACUUCUCGAGUCCGCUGACAAGUUCUACGGUGUAAAAUUCAGAAACAAGGUUAGUCAUAUUGAUGUGAUCACAGCAGAGAUGGCCAAAGAUUUUGUGGAAGAUGAUACCACUCAUGGUUAAGUGGAAACAUUGCCAGCUGGCUUGGAAGAUGUGUAUAGUGUGAUGCCUACCCUAGGGAACUGUACAUUACAAUAGGAGAUAUUUAGUCAUUGUUAAAAAUAGUUUUUGAACAUACAUUUUAACCAAGACCACCAGAAGACUAUUAGUUUCAAAGGAGCUUGAGUGCCCAUUUUGUUCUGUUGCUGUAUUUUAUAAGAUAACUGUUAAUGUUACCUUUAUACAGUACCCUGUAGUUCUUAAACUUGAUCCCCACAAAUCUUUUUGUAAAAUGUCCUGUUGCUGUUUUAAAGCUUUUCAAAAAGUGUUAGCUAUCCCUUCCUGACUAUAAUUUUUAUCAUUUAUAUUGCCUCACAUGUUUUUUUAAAUAGCUUCAAUUAAACGAUUGGUUUUAUUGCUGUAAUUCAUAUA